AUGGAGGUGGUGGAACAAAAUAUUGAAAAUAAUGAACAAUAUGAUGUCGAAAGUGAGGCAAAUGACAAAUCUUCAGCUUCAAAUCCAGCUGAAAAUGAAAGCGAAGAACCACAAGAAGAAACUAAACGAACAAGACUUCUGAGAGCGGCCUUAUCAAAAGUUGUGCAGAAGUAUUUAUCUUCAAGCAGGUUGUCAUUGUUUGCAAAAGCAUACAAACCAGUGUUCAAGAAUAAUCCAAAGGAGUUGAAGUCUAUUGUUGAACAGCUCAAUCACUUUAUGGAAAAGGAUCUCACAAGUGAAAUAAAUAAAAUGUUUGAUGAAGAGAAUCUUCCUGAUAUCCUUCGUGAAUUCGAUAAGAUAAUUGCUGAAACACCAGACCCACCAAAGAAAAAAUGGAGACCUUCUGGCGACCCAGAGAAAGACCUGGCAGCCCACAUCGUCCCUGAAUACGAGAAUCACGCGUCCAAACUUGAAAAGAUCUUGAGUGACAUUGUUGAGGAGAACAAACAGCUGACGUCUGCUGUGUUGCAGCGUAGGAAGUGCCUUCUGGAUACCGUGAAGCACAUCCAGGUUAUCAAAGACGAGAUGACGCUGGUAAGCAAUACCAUCGACCUUGAGAACUGAUGAAUCGUUGUGGCUGCAACAUUAGGGAGGAUGGAAUUUAAAAUCUUGCUUGUCUUUGUUGACUGCUGCAACUAGCGUUAAGGCUGCUUUUUCUAUGAUAACUUGUAUAAAUACUUCUGGAUAAGGCAGUGAAGAUGGCUUUCUCUGAUCACCAAUGAAAAAUGAUGAAUAUUCAUUGUAGAUCCUGAAGUUUAUCUUUUGCUCAAUGUGUACAUUUAUUAUCUAUUGGCUUUUUUGAAAUGUCCUUCAAGAGAACAAUUACGGUAUGUCAGAAAAUUGACUGAGCAUUUUCAGUUCCAAUUACUUUUAUUGUACGUGAAAUUCACAAUUCACUUUUUUGAAACUCACUAUCUACACUAUCUACAUUACAUCUUAAUACAGUUGGUAGAACUACAAAAAGAGGUAUUCUACUUGCAUUGCAAUAUGGCAAUCUGCUGAUGAGGUUUAUUGUCGAGGUUGGUUGGUCCACAGGACUAUGAUAUUUUACCCUAACAACACCUGUACACCUGUGCGUACUGUUGAAUCUGAUCACCGUGGCAUAGCAAUGUACUUGCAAGAACCAGCCUUGCCAGAUAUCAACUUCUGUUACCAAUAAAGCUUGAACAUAAAAUUAAUGUCUUGUCCACAAUAAAGUGUCACGUCUCUUUAGGACGUGAAGAGUUACCAUCAGUGUAAAUCUUGUAGGUUACCCGAAGCCAUAUUUCAGUAGCCUGGUUAUGUGCACCCUACAUCGCCUUUAAGCGCUGCACAAACGAGUGAUUUAUGUUGCUGCGACCUACGAUUAUAAUCGCUGCUCUGUGCGACAAAAACAUCUCUCCACUUUCAGUAAAACCGGUAAUUGCCAGGUUUGAUAUUGAUUGCACUCACUGAUUCUUGUCACAGGCACCUGAAAUGACAACUGCAAACAAGCAUUUUUUGUUGCAUGCAAUCAUGAUUGCAGGUUGUAGUGAUUAAA